GAGCCCUUCCACGUGGUUAGGGAGCCACAACCCGACUCCCGUCACACCUCCCCGGGUCUUCCCUCCGCUCGACGACAAGCGGCCCCAGGGUUCCACACCUCGCCUCGCGCCACCACCCGCGUCUCUCCCCCUUUCCGCCCGAAACGUGGGUCACCUGCACGCGCCACUCAACUGUGACCUCGGAAGCAAAACUCUCCCGUCCGCGGAUGUCUCCGGAACCGGAAGUCCCGGAUUCGUCCCGCCUUCGCUCUCCGCGGCUCCGCUACCGGUGAGGCUCCCGUCGGGAACUAUGACUGCGCGCGGGACCCCGAGCCGUUUCUUGGCCAGUGUCCUCCACAACGGGCUUGGCCGCUACGUGCAGCAGCUGCAGCGCCUCAGCUUCAGCCUCAGCCGCGACGCACCCUCGUCCCGCGGCGCCAGGGAGUUCGUGGAACAGGAGGUGGCCGACUUCGCCCGACGGAACCCAGGGAUCGUGAUCUACGUGAACCCACGGCCGUGCCAAGUGCCCCGAGUAGUGGCCGAAUACCUUAAUGGGUCCGUGCGGGAGGAAAGCCUAAACUGCAAGUCGGUGGAGGAGAUCACCGCGCUGGUGCAGAAGUUGGCGAACCAGUCGGGUUUGGACAUAAUCCGCAUCCGCAAGCCCUUCCACACAGACAACCCUAGCAUCCAGGGUCAGUGGCACCCCUUCACCAACAAACCGACGACCUUCGGCGGGCUGCGCCCCCGGAAGCUUCAGAAUACUGCUCAAUCCCAGUGAAGUUACCCAGCGCCAACUCCUCUGGACUGUUGAGAGAACCACCCCAAUAGAGGUGAUUCUAACUCCCCGAUUCUGAGAUCAGGAAGAUAAAUGGAACCCACCAGUGGGCUUAGUGCAAAGAUCUUGCUUGGGGUAAAGAACUACCCAUUUAUCAGUGACCUUGUGAAUUCUUGAAGCCCACAUAACCUUGUUGAUAUCCUUAAAACCCAAGAUGAGAAGUUAUGUACAAGAUUCUGUUCUUUGAAAUCUAAAUUAAUAAUAUUUGGAACACA